CCCUGGUCAAACACAGGUGCGUAGCACUGCUUUAGAUUCGCUCUUCAGCUUUUGAUUUAAAAAAAACCAUUGGGAAAUGGUAUCUGACCUUAUAGAACUCACCUUUCUUUCUUUCACAACUUUUUUGCUCCAUCUGAUUCCCAUACAGGCUUUUGCGUAGAGAACGCUGUCGAACGUACGACGAAAAAUGACAAUGAUGAUUUCGUUGAGGGUUUAUUAGCAACCACGGUAUCGUGUGAACAGCCGUUUGCGAGCAGCAUUCGAAUUCAAGUUCAAACCCUURGUGAUGAGAAAGACUCUCUAACCUCGGAAUAUCUCCUAAAUCAAAUCACCCAAGCGUUCGAAUCGGCCUUGAAACCUAUUUUCGAAGGUCAGCCCGGAAUUAUCGGUGUCGAGCUUGUUGGUAUCAACGAAGAAGUUGACCAAGAAUACACCAUCGAUCAAAGCAACAGCAAAUCCAGCGAAGACAGCAAUCGAAAUCAUCGCGUUAUGAUUGUUAUCUUUUCGGUCUUGGCUGCUGGAUGUUUCAUGUGUAUCGUAGUGGUUGUUCUCACUGCCAUCUUCAGACGCCGCCAAAAGAGUCUACCCGGAGGCUACCCUAAAUUUCUCGGAGCGCAUCAGGAGCGUGUCGCCCAUGUCCCCUUUGAAGACGAAUAUCCCAUUCCUGCUGGAAACUAUGAUGAUGACGAUGAUGAAGACAAAGACCUCGUGCUUGAUAGCACACAUGCGAUCGCACCACACGAAGGAGGCAGAGCAUCGAAAUUCUCUUCGAUGCCUCGUCCUGCUUAUGGGAACGGCGAUAAUGAUACAGAGGAGGAAAGCUACGACUCGGAGAGCUCCCCCAUGGCUGUUAUUUCGUGCCCUUUUGAGCCAACUCCUCCCCCAAAAGAUGCUCCCUUUGAYGAGCACGAAAAGCCUCCCUGCGACGGUCAAGUGUGCAGUUCCCCAACAUGUCAAUAUUGCGAACGAAGACGACAAUCGGGUAUACCACGAACCAGCAGAUCCUUCAUGGUCAAAUCAAUCCAAUCCACCGAAACACCGAAGAUUCCGAUGAACAAAAUGCCGAACGAUGUCACCGCUCCCCGUUUUGAUAGGCUUCCGUUGAGCAUUGAUGCCGAGAGGUCGAGACGGAAKUACAUCCUUGAGGACCUAGUGGAACUAUAGUGCACUCCAGAACUGCAUUCGAAUGUGUUGUAUUGUAGCGAAGUCGCCAAAGUUGCAUACGAUUUGCUAUUGCUUUGAUUUGCUUCUUAAUUUUUCGUUUUUGUAGUCAUAAUAUAAUCGAUAAUAAUAUGCAUAGAAUAAU